AUGUUCGCCGUAGGCGUCGAUAAAUUGCGAUUAAGUACAGCGAACCCCACUAAACUGGAUGAUUUGCUCGGCAAGCAUAUGGGGACGGUAGUUUCCGAAGCUCCUGUCGGUCAUCUUUCUUAUGGAUUAGAACGGCCUGCGAGAUCUUCCACUGGUCUGGGAUCCUUUCUUUCUGAAGAUAAGAGCCAGGAACGGGUGCCAGAACCCACACCGCUCACAAUGGUUCCUGCAACAGCCGGCGGUUCUGUGAACAAGAAGAAGAAUGGGCCAAAAGCAGCUCAAGAAACCUACGAAGUGAAAGUUGAUGUACCUGACACCCCUGAUACUGGCUUCAGUUGGAUAAAAUUAUGGAAAUUUACUGGUCCAGGUUUUCUGAUGAGUAUCGCCUAUCUGGAUCCGGGUAACAUUGAAAGUGAUCUACAAUCUGGUGCUAUAGCACGUUUUCAGCUCAUAUGGGUACUGCUUACGGCUCACAUACUCGGUUUGCUAUUGCAACGUCUUGCAGCUCGACUUGGUGUCGUUUCAGGAAAACAUAUGGCUGAGAUCGCGCAUUCAUACUAUCCACGUAUACCUCGACUAAUUUUAUGGGUUAUGGUCGAAAUCGCUAUUAUUGCCUCCGAUAUGCAAGAAGUGAUAGGAACAGCAAUUUCACUAUAUUUAUUAUCGGAUGGAUAUAUACCACUCUACGCUGGUGUUUUAAUAACGAUUUGCGACACGUUCACGUUUUUGUUUUUGGACAGAUAUGGAAUUCGUAAAUUGGAAGCUUUUUUUGUUUUUCUCAUCAGUGUUAUGGCAGUAACUUUCGGCUACGAGUUUGCUGAGAGUAAGCCGGACAUAGGUGAAAUGUUCACCGGUAUGGUAGUACCGUGGUGUAGAGGUUGUGGUACGAAACAGUUCCUACAAGGAGUAUCAAUCGUGGGCGCAGUGAUUAUGCCACAUAAUCUCUACCUUCAUUCGGCACUCGUCAAAAGUCGUAUGAUCGAUCGUACACAAGAAGGAAAAGUUCGUGAAGCAAACAAAUAUUUCUUCAUCGAGUCCACAUUUGCUUUAUUCUGUUCGUUUUGGAUUAAUGUGUUAGUUGUCGCUGUAUUUGGUCAAGGUAUCUACGGAAAGACUAAUGCUGAUGUGAGACAUAAUUGCUAUUCGCUCAACAAUCACAUGCCUGACUUCUACAAGGUCGUCUUUGAAAAUAACACCGAACCAGCACUUACCGAUAUCUUCCACGCCGGUGUUUUCCUUGGCUGUACAUUUGGCGUAUUAGCGUUAUAUGUAUGGGCAAUUGGAAUUCUAGCUGCUGGACAAUCCUCUACUAUGACCGGUACCUAUGCAGGACAGUUUGCUAUGGAGGGUUUUGUACAAAUCCAGCUACCUCAAUGGAAACGGAUUUUGUUGACUAGAUCACUUGCAAUGGGCCCAACACUGUUACUCACAAUAUUUAGCGGUGGUGUAGAUCAUAUUACGGGUUUAAACGAUUUUUUGAAUUGUGUUCAGAUGGUACAGUUGCCAUUCGCUAUAUUUCCAAUUUUGACAUUCGUCUCAGAUGGGCGUGUCAUGUUCCAGUUUAAGACCUCAACACUUCAAAAAACGUUUGCAUUAUCUGUUUCGUUGGUUGUGUUGGGAAUUAAUUUCUUUUUCCUCUACGCAUGGGUGGACACAACAUUCGGGUUGAGCCCGACAUCGAUUAUUAUCACUGCCCUAUUGACAGUCGUGUACGUCUCGUUUAUUCUAUACUUGUUCUACUAUUGUCUUGUGGCUAUGAGCAUUAUCAAGCCAUUCAAUGUGUCAUGGUUACCUGAACCAAAGUAUGAAGAUUUCGAUGCGCCAUGGAUGAUUUCGAACAACGCAGUCGAUCAAUACGGAUCAUUCGAGAAUUCCGCCGUUCCACACAUCGCAACUGAAGCGGAUGAUUUAGAAAUUGAAAAGACGGCACUCUAA